AUGUCUGAUUUCCAGGCAGACGCAGAUAUCUUACAUCAAGAUAAGGAAACGGGUAUAGAUUUUGACAGAGAAACUGCCUUGAAAAAGUUUGACGAAACAAAAGAUGGCGUGAAAGGACUCGUGGAUGCUGGCACAAAGACAGUCCCUCAAAUCUUUUGGAUGCCAAAAGAAGAGAUAUUUAGCAACAUUAAUGAAGAUCCUAACAUAAGGUUUCCAGUCAUAGACCUUAAAGACAUGAACUGCAACAAUUUCAAACGCAAAAAAAUUGUUGAAAACAUAAAAGAAGCAUCCGAGACAUGGGGAUUUUUCAAGGUCAUAAACCAUGACAUACCUCAAGUUGUCAUGGACAACAUGAUCAAAGGUGUCAGACAUUUCCACGAGCAAGAUAAGGAAAUAAAGAGAGCGUUUUACUCACGAGAAUUUAAGAGAAAAGUUCGAUAUGUAUCUAAUUUCGAUCUUUAUAAUUCACAAGCAGCUAAUUGGAGGGACACCUUGGUUUGUGUCAUGGCUCCUAAUCCUCCACCUCCUCAAGAGUAUCCUGAAGCUUGCAGAGAAAUAUUAAUGAAAUACUCAGACCAUGUGAAGAAACUUGGAGAAACAUUGUUUGAAUUAUUAUCAGAGGCAUUAGGGCUCAACUCUAGUUGCCUAACAGAUCUGGGUUGUGCUAAAGGACAUGUCUUUUAUGGCCAAUAUUAUCCGCCUUGUCCAGAACCUGAUCGGACCCUUCACCAUGUCAGACAUCGUGAUCCUGAUUUUCUCACAAUUCUUCUGCAAGACCAGAUAGGUGGCCUGCAAGUUCUUAAAGACAAUUAUUGGGUUGAUGUCAUCCCAGAGGAAGGAACUUUAGUGGUUAACAUUGGAGAACUUUUACAGCUAAUCAGUAAUGACAAGUUCAAAAGUGCAGAGCACAAAGUGAUGGCUAAAUCAAAUGGACCAAGAAUUUCUUUGUCAUGUUUCUUCACAACACUUUUUGAACCAUCAGAGCGUGUUUAUGGGCCUAUAAAUGAAUUAUUAUCAGAUGAUAAUCCACCUCUGUAUAGGGAAACCACAGUAAAGGACUAUCUGCAUAGUUUCAAAUCUAUAGGAACCAAGAGUGUUUCUCCUCUUGUUGCCUUGAGGUUAUCAUAUCAAGAAAGAGACUUUACUCCAUCCGAAGAUGAAGAGUCCUUAAUUCAAAACGAGAAAGAUGCUUUUGCAAGAACAAAGAAGAAGGAUCAACAAGCUCUUGCACUUAUCCAUCAAGGUUUGGAUGAAUCUAUGUUUCUAAAGGUGACCGAUGCUACCAACGCAAAGUAA